UACAAAAAAAAAAAGAAUUAAAUUUCGGAUAAAGGCUUUAAACCGUCCCGGUUAAGACAUAAGUACGCGCUCUUUAAAACACGCAACACCCACGUCUUCCAGUAUCCGACAGCACAUUACUUAAUAGUUAAUCAAAAGUACAUUCGCUUAAACUUUCUCACUUUUCACUUUUGUCCCCAAAUCCUUUUCAAAUUCAUAUAAAUCCCAAACAAUUCUUCCUUUCUUCAUUUCCCCUUCGUCUUCCUCCUCUGUUUCUAAUGGAACUCUCUCCAAGCCCCAAGCUUUACCCAACCGUCGACACUUCAACCACUCCUCCUCCCCUCCCAACCUCCUCCUGUCUCUACCCUUCACUCAACGUGGAUGAUCUCGUCAACAACAUCUUCCCGGAGACAGCCUCAGCUCCUCCUAUAUCAACGGAGGAAGUGAUCCUAACGAUCCACGGCGCCAUCCUCCACCUCAUCGACAAAUCCUACAGCGUCGAGCUCGCCGUCGGAGACCUCCACCUCCUCCGUCUCGUCCAAGGAGACAUCACCGUCGCCGUCUUCGCCCGCGUCAACGACGAGAUCCAAUGGCCGUUGACCAAAGACCAACCCUCCGUCAAAGUCGACGAGUCUCACUACUUCUUCUCCCUCCGACCCGUUCAAGAAACCGGGUCGGAUCCUUCGGAGAUGUUGAACUACGGGCUAACCAUUGCCUCCAAAGGACAAGAACCGUUGCUAGAGAAACUAGACGAGAUAUUAGCGGAAUACAGCGGUUUCACGGAGGAGAAAGCGGAGACGGAGGGGAUGGAGUUGACGGCGGCGAAGGAGACGGCGCCGGAGGAGUUGACGGGGAAGAGGAGGAAGAUGGUGGAGAAGCAGUGCACGGCGUAUUGGACGACGUUGGCGCCGAACGUGGAGGAUUAUAGUGGAGUGGCGGCGAAGAUGGUGGCUGCAGGGUCGGGACAGGUGAUCAAAGGGAUACUUUGGUGUGGAGAUGUGACGAUGGAACGGCUCAUGUGGGGGAAUGAGUUCAUGAAAAGGAAGUUGACGAAAGCUGAGAAGGAGAGGGAAGUUAGCCCUGCGACUCUGAAACGUCUCAAAAGAGUGAGGAAGAUGACAAAGAUGACGGAUAAAGUGGCCAAAGGAGUGCUCUCCGGGGCUGUAAAAGUCUCUGGAUUCUUCACCAGCUCAGUGGUGAACAGCGCGGCUGGGAAGAAGCUCUUUGGUCUUCUUCCUGGAGAAAUGGUUCUUGCAACACUUGAUGGAUUCAACAAGGUAUGUGAUGCUGUGGAAAUAGCUGGAAAGAACGUGAUGAAAACAACUUCAGAUGUCACUACUGAAAUUGUCGAUCACAAGUAUGGAGCAAAGACAGCAGAGGCGACAAACGCAGGGCUUGGAGCAGCAGGGCAUGCUCUUGGAACAGCGUGGACAGUAUUCAAACUCAGACAAGUUCUUAACCCAAAGAGUGCAGUUAAGCCAUCAUCGUUGGCUACAACCGCAAUUAAAGUGGCAGCUAAAGAAAGGAAGAAGGGGAAAAAGAGUUCUAAGUAGAGCCGUAGAGGAGGAGUUGUGUACUUAUAUUGUUUGAACAUCAGUCUCGUUACCUUGUUGCAGAAGCAAUAGCCAGAUUAAAAAUAUUAGGGUUUUUGGUUACUUUGCUGUCUUUGAGAAUCAAUAGAUUGAUGAUACAAACAUUAUGGAUACAGUGUGUUAAUAUUGGGUUUGAUUGGUAACCUUCAAAAUAUCAUUAAGUGAGAAUGAUAAUGUUUUUCUUUUUUUGUAUUUUUUUUUAUUUUCUCUUUUGUUUCUUUUCGUUAUAUGUUCUGUUUUUAUGCAACCCGUCGUUGGGAGCACAGUUUCGGGAAGAGAUGAGACUAGAGUUUGAAGGUCAUUGCAUUGACAUUGUAUAUGGGAGAAGUAUGUGUUUGUCAGCUGGAUAAAACAAAGUAUGUUUUGGGAGAACCCUUAUUCAACUAUAUCUUGGCAUAUAUUCACUUCUUUUUUUUUUCAUUUAUGCAACUAUAUAUGUUGGCAUGUUUGGGAACAAGAUACAUAAUGUAUUUAGACUAUUUGUUAUGUACGUGAAUGAGGUAUGAAUGUCGGAGAUGAAGUCAAUUUAAAUAUUUUGUGCACGAU